AUGGCUGACUCUCAACCUCUCCUCUCCCUUGAUGGGGACCCUGUGGCUGCCGAAGCCUUUCUCCAGGAUGUGUUUAGGAUUGUGGUGGAUGAGGUCAUUCGAAAAGGGACCAAUGCCUCCGAGAAGGUCUGUGAGUGGAAGGAGCCCGAGGAGCUGAAGCAGCUGCUGGACUUGGAACUGCGGCACGAGGGCGAGUCACAGGAGCAGAUCCUGGAGCACUGCCGGGCCGUGAUCCGCUACAGCGUGAAGACCUGUCACCCUCGUUUCUUCAACCAGCUCUUCUCAGGGUUGGAUCCCCAUGCGCUGGCCGGGCGCAUUGUCACAGAGAGCCUCAACACCAGCCAGUACACAUACGAAAUCGCCCCUGUGUUUGUCCUCAUGGAGGAGGAGGUGCUGAAGAAACUCCGGGCCCUGGUGGGCUGGAGCUCUGGGGACGGGGUCUUCUGCCCUGGUGGCUCCAUCUCCAACAUGUAUGCUCUGAACCUGGCCCGCUAUCAGCGAUACCCAGACUGCAAACAGAGGGGCCUCCGGGCACUGCCACCCCUGGCCCUCUUCACAUCGAAAGAGUGUCAUUAUUCCAUCAAGAAAGGAGCUGCUUUUCUGGGACUUGGCACCGACAGUGUCCGAAUGGUCAAGGCAGAUGAGAGAGGGAAAAUGAUCCCUGAGGAUCUGGAGAGGCAGAUCAGCUUGGCCAAGGCCGAGGGUGCUGUGCCAUUCCUGGUCAGUGCCACCUCUGGUACUACUGUGCUGGGGGCUUUUGACCCCCUGGAGGCGAUCGCGGAUGUGUGCCAGCAUCAUGGGCUAUGGCUGCACGUGGAUGCUGCCUGGGGUGGGAGCGUCCUGCUGUCACAGACACAUAGACAUCUCCUGGCUGGGAUCCAGAGGGCUGACUCUGUGGCCUGGAAUCCCCACAAGCUCCUCUCCGCAGGCCUGCAGUGCUCAGCUCUUCUUCUCCGGGACACCUCGAACCUGCUCAAGCGCUGUCACGGGUCCCAGGCCAGCUACCUCUUCCAGCAGGACAAGUUCUACGACGUGGCUCUGGACACCGGAGACAAGGUGGUGCAGUGUGGCCGCCGCGUGGACUGUCUGAAGCUGUGGCUCAUGUGGAAGGCACAGGGCGGGCAGGGGCUGGAGCGCCGUGUGGACCAGGCCUUUGCCCUUGCCCGGUACCUGGUGGAGGAGCUGAAGAAGCGGGAGGGAUUUGAGUUGGUCAUGGAGCCUGAAUUUGUCAAUGUGUGUUUCUGGUUCGUGCCCCCCAGUCUACGGGGGAAGAAGGGGAGUCCAGAUUACAGUGAAAGGCUGUCUAAGGUAGCCCCAAUCCUCAAGGAGCGCAUGGUGAGGAAGGGUUCCAUGAUGAUUGGCUACCAGCCCCAUGGUCCCCUGAGCAACUUCUUCCGCAUGGUCGUGGCCAACCCUGCGCUGACACGGGCUGAUAUGGACUUCCUGCUGAACGAGCUGGAAUGGCUGGGCCAGGACCUCUGA